AUGGACACAGAUGAGAUAUCACCUACGUACGAUCCCAUCAUUCGUACUUCUAGAACGUCCGUUGACAAUGACAUAUCUUCCAAACACCCUCAAGAAUCUAAUCAAAAAAAGACCAAGUCCGCUUCGACCAGUAACAUUACCACGAGCAAACUCAUUUUCAGUGGAACUCGAAGUGCAAGUGGUAUUUCCAAACCUUCAUCUCACAAGAAUUAUCAAGCUUUAUCUCGCCUUUCUAACGGAUUUAGGCCCAGGUACUUCACCAAAUCACAAGAUCUCUCAUUUUUGGUCGAGGGGAACGAUCAUGUUGGAGAGGUGGUCAAACCAGCUGCGAGAGAUGAGGAGGACAUGAUGGAAUUAUGA